CCGCCAUGAUACUCAGAAAUGUCGCUAUACGGCAUGGUAAGCAUAAGCAGUCUUUGGAAUGACUGGAUGCUAUGUUGCUGAUUCAAUAUAGGCCGUAAGGCUCUGUCCGCCCCCCUCCGAAAAUCCUUCCUACGUACCUUGACCAACGAUACCAUUUCCGCUGAGACGCACUCAGUAGAGCGCUCAAUUGAGAACCAACUCAAACAAACACACUCUAUUGAAGCAAACAUCAACCAGUUGCAUCUCACCGAUUCCUUUGUGCCCCCAACCCUCGCGAGCGAAGCAUCUGAAGCCGUCCUGUCGAAUCAUGAACACAAACGCCAUCUCAAGAAACGAACAGGGAAAUUGGGAUCAGUUGUAGAAAAGCAUUACGAGCCACAACAACUUGUUUUAAACCCACCCAGGCCCGAAGAUGUGACUUUGGAGCUCCUGAUGGCUAGCCAGAGCCACUUGGGACACGCUACGAGUUUGUGGAAUCCCGCGAAUCAGAGAUAUAUUUUUGGAAUUAGGCAGGGUGUGCAUAUUAUUUCUUUGGAAGAGACGGCUGCUCAUCUGCGACGAGCUGCGAAGGUCGUUGAGGGCGUCGCAUAUCACGGUGGUCUGAUACUUUUCGUUGGGACGAGGGCGGGACAGACAUCUUGCGUGGUGAAAGCUGCCGAGAUGGCGAAGGGUUGCCAUUUGUUCGAGAAGUGGAUUCCGGGGAGCAUCACCAAUGGCGAUCAGAUUCUUGUGAAGUGUAAUAUUAAGGUUGUGGACAAGGACGAUGUGGAUAUCUCAUCGGGAUACACAAAGAAGCUUGAGGAGUGGAAGGCCUUGAAACCAGAUUUGGUGGUGUGCUUGAAUCCGUUGGAGAACUAUAUCAUGCUGCAUGAGUGUGGGUUGAAUAACAUUCCGACAAUUGGAGUUAUUGAUACGGAUGCAGACCCAACUUGGGUCACAUAUCCUAUUCCUGCAAAUGAUGACAGGUUUGUCUUCCUACUACCCUUUACUUUAUCAACUAUUAACCUCCAAAAACAGUCUCCGCUGUGUUCAAGUCAUUGCUGGUGUUCUAGGACGAGCGGGGCAAUCAGGUCAAGCCAAGCGUCUCGAAGCAGCAGCAAAGGGACAAGUUACCUGGCAGCCACCAGAGGGGUUAGGCUCACCAGAGCCAGACAAAAAAACUCAACGGGAAGCAUCAGAAACGAAUAGCUUAAUUGAUCCUAGAGGGACAUUGGACCCUAGGAUGUCCUUGAACGCCCUAACACCAGAAGCGCAGAUUGCAAAACCAAAUCCUAUUAUCAGGGAGGAAAUACCGGGCGAGUUGUAA